AUGAGAGAAUUAGAACGAAUUAAACGAAUUAUUGAUCUUGUAUCACAAUUAUGGACAUAUGAUCAUACUUUAACAUUAGGAAGACUUUUAGAAAAAUGGAUUUGGACAGAUUGGAUGGCAUCGAGAGGCGAUAUUUUUCAUCCUGAAGAUACUCAAACUGAACAACGUUUGCAUGAGUCUAUAAAAAGAGCGCAAGCAUCAUUAUCAUCUACUUCUGAACUAACUCAACUCCAAAAAGAUGUCAUUAAUAAAAUUGCAGAGCUUUGGCCUCAGGUACCUGAUCAACGUUUUGGACAAUUUCUUUCCAAUUAUGCUUUUGGUCAUUUUAUGAGUCAUCCACCUAAGACAAUGCUUCAUCAAAGUGAUGAAACUAUUCUUCAAGCAUUACAACAAUGUACUUUGAAAUAA